ACAAUGUUGAACUGUUAAAUAAUUAAUUAUUCUCCCCUUCUAUAUUUUUUAUAUUCUUUGAAAAACAAAAGCAAAAAAUGUGAAUUGUGAAUUUAAACAUUCAGUACUCAAAAUGGAUUACCGACAACCACAUCCGUGUCUGCAAGUGCCUGACUCAUUGAAUUUUGGAAUUGAUAGAAUACUGAAUAUUAAUACUGACUCGGAUCGAUCGACGAGUAAAAAAGAAAAGUGUUCCGGUAGAGCUGUGUUCACGGUCACGCAAAAGAAUUGGUUAGAAUACUAUUUCCAAAUGGAAAAAUACAUUACUAAACAGAACAGGAAGAUAUUGGCUUCCAGUCUUGGACUUACGGACUUGCAGGUAAAAGUAUGGUUUCAGAAUAGGAGGAUGAAAUGGCGGCAUUCCACGGCUGUAACGUCUUCAAGAAAAUAGAACUACAAAAAAUUCAUAUUACUUUUCAUUUAAUCAUAAAUAAACAUAUAUAUAUAUAUAUAAGUAUACGUUACUACACA